AUGGCUCAUGACAAGAAUCUAGGAUACAUCAAAAAUGUUGUAUUCAUGUUAAUGGUUUUGUUUGUGACACUAACAUUAGGGUUUGAGGACAAAGUUGAAGAAGAGCCUUCAAGUGGUUUAUUAUGCAUUAGUGAAUGUGUUACAUGUCCUACAAUAUGUUCACCACCACCUCCUAAACUUGUUUCAUCAAAUUCAAAUCACCCUCCACUUUCACCCCAAACACAAAAUCCUCCACCUCCUCCUCUAUUAACAAAUGCACCCCCUUUUCCACUUAUUACACCCCACCCUCCAUCUUCUCCAUUCCUUACACAAACCCCUCCACCUCCUCCAUUAUUAACAUCAUAUUCACCUCCUCCUUCUCCACUUCUAAAAUCAUAUCCUCCACCAACACUAAGUCUUCCACCACCAUUGUUGACUCUGGCGCCGCCGUCUCCACCAACUCCUUCAAUACAAACUUCUCCACCGCCACCGCCUUUGAAAUCCUCGCCUUCUUCGGGUUCAUCGGGUUCAGCACAACCACAACCUACAGUUAUUGGUGGAUCACCACAUAACUAUCCAUAUCCAUAUUACUAUUAUUAUGCUUCAAGUGCAUCUCAUUUUUCUAAUCAUGUUGUACCUUUCUUUGUUGUACUUUUGUUCCUUCAUGAGAUAUUCUUUGCUUGUUAA